AUGGGACGAUCUAAGAUUAGCCUAAAAGAACUAGUCAGUGUGAGGAGAAUGUUUACUGAGUCGAUAGAUGACUAUCUCAAUAGGUUUAGGCUAUUGAAGUCAAGGAAUCUAGUGAAGAAUGCGUUGAAAGUUGGAAGGCUUAAGUUUACUGAUAGACAAAAGUCAAAGAUGGAAAUUAAUUCAGACCCUUUGAAUGUUAAGGAAGCUCUUUUGGUUGAACCUUUUGAGCUCAUAUAUCAUUCUAUAGAGCUGGAGUACUCGAGUCAAAUGGCGAAACAAUCUGUGAAAAACAUCAAACCGUGCAAACGCAAACGAUUGAUUCCGAUACCAGACCGGCUUAGCGCCCUUCCAGACCCAAUUCUGUGUCACAUUCUCUCUUUCCUCCCCACCAAACACUCCGCCGCCACAAGCAUCCUUUCUAAGAGAUGUAAUUCAUUAUGGCUCUCCGUCUUCACCCUCGAUUUCGUCGCCAAAAACUCGUCAGACACAGAAACCUUUGACAGGGUGAUUCUAUUGCGUGACAUCAAGGUACCAAUACAAACACUCCGUCUCAAAUGUAACUUUAGGUUUAAUGUAUCCGAUGAUUUGAUACCACACGGCUGCAACCAUAUCAGCUCACUUAUUUCGGCUGCAACACAAAGAGGACUUGAAACCUUAGAACUUGACAUGCAAUUGAGUCCUGUAGGCCUGGUCCUGGACUUAGCUUCUAACAUAUUCAAUUUUAAGACACUUACUGUCCUCAAGUUAAGACAAGUAACUAUUCAAAAUGGAGACCUUACUGGAAUAAAUACUUCACUCAAAACUCUGCAUUUGGAUGACGUGUUUUUCAGAUGUAAUACAGAUAUCAUCAACUUUCUCUUAUCCUUUCCCACUCUAGAGGAACUGCAAACAGAUGUUAAAAUUAUUGAUCAAGUAGAGAAAGUUAUCCCACAAAAAUUAUUGAUCAAAUGCUUGCCCAAUUUGAAGAAAGCUAGUAUUUGUGAAAGUGAAACUAUUCCUUUCUUUCUCCUUUCUAAAGCACUCAUUCUGAAUAUAAAGCUGACAUUUUUUAUGAUUAAGCUUACAUGUUCGCAAGUCCCGACUUUUCACAAUCUAACUCAAAUUGAGCUGUUCUUCAAAUAUGAUUGUAAGAGGAAUUGGAAGUGGAUGCUACAAAUGCUUCAACACUGUCCCAAGCUUCAACAUCUUAUCAUUGAGAACAAUUGGCUGGAACCGGAUGUUGUUCCAGAAUGUCUUUCAUCUCAGCUUAGAACUUGCUUAAUUAGAAAUUGUAGAGGCCGAACAUGUGAGCUUCAAUUUGCAGAAUAUGUAAUGCGGAAUUCAAAAGUGUUACGUACUAUGACAAUCAACAAGUUGAAGAAAAUCAACAGUUCUGGUUACAUUGAUGAUUUAAUAGCAAAGUAUGAGGUGUUACAGAAAUUAUCCCGGUGUCCAAGGAGCUGUGAUCUUAUAUUUGAUUGA